AUUCACAGACUAACUUCGAAGAGUAGCGAGGGUUAGCAAGGGCUUUCAGUGCAGCUUGACAGUCACUAUAAAUUCCAAUACUGUUACCCCGCCACUUUUUCUCAAUUAGCCAGUACGUCACAUUCAAGAUAGCAUAGACUUCCGUAAGGAAUACUGUGGUCAUCUGCCCUGUGGCAUAGGAGUACUUAGUGUUUUCGUCUAAGUACCAUCCAGAUCCGCUUCCAUCACUGGUUUUGGAUCCGUCGGUGUAGAAAGUGUGCUGAUAUCCCGUUGAUAGAUUCUUUGGACUUAACCAUUGAUCUCUAUCUGAGAUCAAAACAUCAUACUUCCUACCGAAGCUAACGACAGGCACCCGAUUGUCCACCGGCAUCGAGAAAAGUGUGCACCGCUCCGACAACUGAUGGUAUAUAUGACAGUGGCCAGUGCUUACUUCAUUUCCCCAGACUCCGUUUAACUUGAGCCUGUACGCGGUUUUCAUUGCUUCCUUUCGAAUUUGAAGAUCUAGAGGUUGCAAUUUCAGAAUGGCAUUAAGGGCAUCACCAGAUGUCGUACUCAUGACACUUAUGAUACCCAAGCACACACUUCUCUGUAGCCUGUUUAGGGGUUUUACUCUGGAAUUAACCAUUGUGGCUUUCCACCCUACUACAGAGGCGUAUGUAAUAAUGGGUCUAAUUAUGGUGAUGUACAGCCAGCGUACUAUCGCCGGCCUUAGACCCCAUGUCUUGCCAAAGGUUCUCUUACACUUCCAGAAGACUUUUAAUGUUCGGCAGACCUUCUUAUCGAUGUGCUUCUUCCAGGUAAGCUUACUAUCUAGGAUUACUCCUAAAUAUUUAACCUCAGAAGACAGUUGCAGUGUUACCCCUUUCAAUGUGGGUAGUAAUAUUGCAUAUUGCGUUUCCUAGUAUAAUAACAAUAAAUCACCAAUCGAACUAUUUAAAUUUUCUCCAAAAAAAACUUAGUAGUUGAAAUGUUAAGAUUUACUAUCGCCAAAAUGCCCUUAAGACUAAUCAACGCCUACAUUAGUACUUAGAAACUUAGUUGAUUUAUCUGAAAAAUAGCUAUACACAUAUCUUAGAUUCCAAUUCCAUUUCAUCCAAAUUAGUUUCACAGUGUCGAGACGAACUAGAAUUCCUUGGUUAUUGGCUUCACAUUACUCUGAUAUGAAUUCCCGGACACAGGAAUAUAGAGGGCAAUGAGGAAACAGACGAGUUAGCAAGAAAAGGUUUGGCACUAGGCGUAGCAGAGUUGGUAGCAGUUGUUACUCCAUUCAAUACAAUAAAAACAUCCAUUGCGUCACACUACUAUGUUUUAGCCGAAAGAAGGUGGAAGCAAUUAACUACAUCUACUACAACAAGAAAAACAUGUCGGUCGUACAACAUCCAGAGAACGUAUUACAUGUUAGGAUGCUCUCGCUCAAGUACCUAUUUCACGUAUUACUGCAACCCUUAUAGGUCACUGGAAAGUAGGGGAUUAUGCAGCCAGACUCAAUUAUUCUUUCAAUCCCAUCUGCAGACGAUGUCAGGUGGAGUGGGUGAAAGAAAGUCGUUUCCACUAUUUAUGCGAAUGCUUAGACUUAGCCAGAACAAGAUAUCCCUCUUUCGGUAAACCUCUCCUACAACAAAUUAAUGAAAUCGGGGACAUAGAGAUGUAAUUACGAAAAUUCUCCUGGUACGCUCUUUGUUUUUGGCAAACGAUAUAUUGCAGACAAUUAACUAAAAUCAAGGUGAUUUAAUGCUAGCAAGCUUUGUUGAUCGAAUGAUAGAGUGUAUGAAACUACAGAUCUAUGAAACUACUACCGCUAUUGAACUACUUCUAAUAUCUGUAGAAUAUCACUGUCACUCUGAGACAUUUAUACUACCGCUAACGAAUAUACUGCAAAGUAUUUUUUGAUCGCACAGACAACGUUCGUGCACCAUGGGUAUGGUAACCAAAAUAUGUAAAGCUUUUGCGGAGCGUCUGCCAAGCGAUCAACCGAAUCGGGUGGUUGGGGAAAAAGAUCGCUGGACCUUCCCCUUCCACUAGAAACCGGUCCCAGUUCGCUGGCAACAGCGGUGCAGUCAACAUCGCUCCGCGCGUGAAAGCUGUGUUAGGAUUUUGCACGACUUGUGCCACCGUUUUACCUGGGCACUGGACAGAGAUUGGUCCCCGUAAGCCUUAUUGAGUAGCCCAAUGGUUUCGGUUAGCUUUACGCAAAAUUCGACCGAGUAACGUUGCUCCAACGAUCGUUGCAUUUUCGCCACUGCAAAAUCCUAACACACUUUUAAAACAGUGACAUACAUAUGGGUUGUGUAUCAACACUUUCCGAAUAGCAAGAGAAACUGAAGGAACUGAAGGAAAAUUGAUACAUAUUGAUUCAAAUGAAUAUCAGCGAAAUAUCGGCGUAUUUCAAAUAAUAGGCAUCUGAAGCAUUUCAAAUCAAACCCAAUGGCCAUUAAAUAUCAACACCAAUAAAUUACUUAUUAGUUUAAGAUAACAAGUUUCAGAUUCAAAUUAACAUCCUUAAAAGAGCUCCUCCACAUAAGGGCUCAGAAUACUUCGCUAAUUGCGUUGCGGCCGCCUAGAUCGCGAAAUGUACCGCAACAAAGUGGGCGGAAGUGCUAUACUUUUGGCCAUGUUGGCCAUUAUUGUGUCCUGCCAAGCGGCAACACACGGCUCUGGUAUAUCGCCUCGAUAUGAUAAGUAUCUUGCCGCACAUUUCAUACCUACAAAAACUGUUGCUUUGAGUGAGUCAGAGGCCGAUUUGAAUUAUCGGCUGCCAAACACCACCGAACCACUGCACUAUGCCGUUGAACUGACAACGAAUGUGCACAAUGGCACGAAGAGAUUCACAGGCACUGUAAAAAUUCUAUUAGAAGUUAUCGACAACACAAAUACCAUAGUUUUGCAUGAACGUCAACUGUCAGAAAUCAAAGCAACCAUUACAAAUGCAAACUGCACGGAUCGUGUGGUAGAACAGCUAAGCACCUCGUAUGAGGAGGCACGUGAAUUUCUUAGUCUAACACCAACAAACGAGUCACUCACCUUUAGCAAAGGCACCUUUUGGGUUUUGACCAUCACCUAUGCAGGAGAAUUGCGUGUCGAUAAUUUGGGAUUUUACUUGUCCACCUAUACAGAUGAAAAAGACAUCACACAUUAUUUAGCAACGACACAAUUUGAGCCGACCGAUGCUCGACAUGCAUUCCCAUGCUACGAUGAGCCAGCCAAGCGUGCGACAUUCACAAUCACUAUUAACCAUGAUCCCUCAUACAGUGCCAUAUCAAAUAUGCCUCUGGACGAACAGAUGAGCAGACCUGGAUAUUCUGUCUUCCAAAUGACUCCUAGUAUGCCAACUUGUUUAAUAGCGUUUGUUGUAUCCGAUUUCGAAUAUACUGAAGGAGUGUUGAACUCGAUUCCACAAAGAGUCUACACCCGUCCAGGUACAAAGCAGGAUCAGCAAUGGGCGUUGGAUUCCGGAAUGCUGUUUCUGCAAACACUUGCUGAAUACUACAAUUUCGAUUUCGUACUGCCGAAACUCUAUCAAGUAGGUGUACCAGAUUUUUUUUUUGCCGGAAUGGAAAACUGGGGCUUAGUUACGUAUCGAGAGCAGUACAUGCUGUAUAACAACACAUCGACAAUAUUUGAGAAAACAGAUAGUGCCAAUACCAUUGCUCAUGAAUACUGUCAUCAAUGGUUUGGCGACUUAGUAUCUCUCAAAUGGUGGACGUAUAUGUGGCUGAAAGAAGGUUUUGCUAACUUCUUCGCUUGGAAGACGAUAGAUGCGAACUAUCCUGACUGGGACAUCUAUCAGUUGUUCCUUAUCAACGACUUUCAUGAAGCACUCUCUGCAGAUGGCUCAGGCCAAUCAAAUCCAAUGACGCAUUACGUGCAAACUCCAUCCGAGAUCUCUGCUCGCUACGAUUCUAUUUCGUAUUCGAAAGGAGCCUCGGUACUGUAUAUGUGGCAGUGUGUACUGACUGACGAAGUGUUCCGCGAAGGACUAAAUCUUUAUUUGACUACAAACCAGUACACUGCUGCCGAUGAGUAUCAACUCUUCGAAGCUCUUAGUAUAGCAGCUGAUGCACAUAACGUGUCACUUCCUGCGACUAUUGCGGAUAUGUUCUCAAGUUGGUCACAACAAUCCGGUUACCCUCUACUCACCGUUACACGUAAUUACAACAAUAACACAUUCACCAUAACUCAAGAAGCUUUCUACGAUAAUACCAACUUAACAUCAGACAAAACUUGGUACAUACCCUUGAAUUAUGCCCACAAAUCAAAUCCGGACUACCGUAACACCACCGCAUCGCAUUUUAUGCUCAAAACGAAAGAAAUCGAAAUCAGCGAUAAUAGUCUAGCAGCUGAUGAUUGGUUGAUUCUCAAUAAACAAUCGACCGGUUUCUAUCGCAUCAAUUACGAUGAACAAAACUGGAAUCUUAUCAUUGAUGAGCUGAAAUCACGACUAUACAAAUUCCAUCCAACCAAUCGAGCUCAACUAAUUAACGACCUCUACUGGUGCACUUUUACAGAUCGAAUCGACCACAGCAUCCUACUUAAUUUGCUGCAAUAUUUGUCGAACGAAGAUCAGUACGCACCUUGGUCUAUAAGCUACUCUAUAAUCUUCACAUUGGAUUAUUAUCUGAAUACUGAUAAGGAAUACAAAAAUUUCCAACUCUUCGUGGCCUCAUUAGUGACAGGACUUUAUGAGAAGUUGGGUGUGAAUGAUAUAUCUGGCGAACAGCCUCUUACCAAGUUCGUACGUAAUAUUGCCAUUGAUAUCGCUUGUGUAUCAGGAAUUGAGAGCUGUCUUACAGAAACGAAUAACAAAUUAAAGGAAUUAAGGAACAAUGGUAUCACCAUCGAACCAAACGUACGAUUUAAUAUUUAUUGCAACGGCCUACGUCAGUCCGAUGAUGCAGAAUUCGAUUUUGUCUAUAACCAAAUAUUGCAAUCCCGUGAUCAAGCGUUUCGUGACUCACUCACCUCUACAUUGGGUUGUUCACAAACCAGGUCUCAAUUACAAAAAUUUGUGAGUAGCUCAAUCAAUGCGUCCGUCGAAUGGCGAUCACAAGAUCGCACCACCUUACUCGGUGCAGCGUAUUCGAGCAGCAGUGUUGGAGUCUUAGUGUGUAUUGAAUUUCUCAACGAAAAUUGGGAGGCAUACAGUAAUUUGAAUCCCGAUAGCAGCGGAAUGAAUCCACUUUAUCAAACAAUGGUUGACAUGUCCACCUACAUAUAUAGCAAGGAACAAGAAACUAAUAUAAGUAUUAAAAUCAGCACACUUCUACUUACACUACCUUAUCCUUAUAAAUAUUACCCAUUUUGGGAUAUAUCUUUUUAGUAUUUGGUGUUACUGGAUAAGGUAAAGGGCAGCGAUAAGCUGCCAAACGAUUUGGAGACUGUCGCCAAAGCAAAUAUUCAAUCUAAUUUUAACUGGUUGAACAAAAAUCGUGAUCCGAUUACGUUGUGGAUGAAAAAGUUCGCUCAGGGUGGCAGUACUGCACUCUAAGGCGGACUUUAAGGCGAACAUGGAAACUAAUUUUAACUGAUUGGGUAAAAGCUGGAUGGUUGCUGAGAUAUCGGUAUUAAUGAAUAUAUAAGUAGUAAAUGAGGCAGGGCUGCUGGUAUUUCCAUAGUUCUUUAAACCAUAUGAAAUCGAUAAAUGUAUGUAAUUUGCACUAUAAGUAAAUAAAUAUCAUAAAUAGCAGAA